AUGGUCGGGUUUAACGAAAAAUGGUUGGAGUCUUGGGGUCCAGCGGUUUGGGGAGUCAUCUUCGACCGAUUGCAAAGUGGAAACGUCAAAGGUGGUGUGCUUCAGGUUGCCUGGCCAAGCAAAGUCGACAACAAAACCGCAGCACAGCAAAUUCGAUGGGCCACCAAGUUGCCUCUUGCCCAGCUUCCUCAGAAGGCACUCGAGAUCAUAUUCGACAGAAUGGUUGGGUUUUCAGUGGGAGUUCGAUAUAUGGAGGAAAAGAAGAUCCACGCGUUACAUGGACUUGUGGGACACAAUGGACCUCUCAAAGCGAGUGUGGAAAAAUGGUUAAGACGAGCUGGGACCGUUGAAAAAUGGAAGGAGUUGAUUCGAUCCUACGCGAAUUAUGAGGAUGCAAUGGGCCAUUUGUCGGAUUGCACCACGUUCCCAAGAGAAACCGAUAACCAUCCAUUCAAGACUCACCCUGCAUACAAUGCCGCACUGCAAUGCUCUGCUUGCUUAGAGUUCCUGGUCAAGUUCGGGAUUGUCACCCCCAAUGGCUAUGACUUAUCUGGGAGAAGCUGGCUUGAGGCAGGAUUGAAUGGUCCCAAUCUGGAUUUGCUCACUUACAUUGUCAGCAAUGCGGAUCCUCCACAUCUGGUCAAACCCAGAGACAUCAGAGAACCCUGCGAGAACCACAUUCUUCUUUCCCUUGUUGGAGUAGGCGCAUUUCCGCAAUUUGUGAUUGCCCUGAACAGGUUACGCCAGGCACGACUUGUGCCGAUCGAGGAACUUCGCACGAUCUUCCACGAAGCCGCGAUGCACGAGUUUUGCGCUGUCGCACCUGUGCCCGUGGCAGAAGCACUCUACCAACACGGAAUUAACAUUGGCAAUGUCGAGCACCAGUACCACGAACUCGGCGGACAGCUAGAGUCCUCCUGGCACAUCGCAGCAGCUUUCAACCCGGCAGGAGCCGACUUCAUGGACUGGCUUGAUAAAUUCUCCAUGCUCAACGCAGAGGUCCGGAACGCAGAAAACAUGAACCCGCUGAUGUACGCCGCAUGCUUCGAUGAACCAGCCGCAAUCGAUUGGCUAUGCCAGAAGUGCGAUCCCACGCAGCCCAGACUGGAUGGAGGCCCACAGGGGGAUGCCUUGAUCUGCGCAGCUCGAAGCUCAUCCCUUCACAGCGGCGAGAUAUUCUCCAUCAUCCUCUCCCAUCUACCGGACAGGCUCUUUGAUAACGAACGCGGCAAGAUCUUCGGCACCGAGAUCGCCGAAGGGCUAGCAUCGCACAAACGCAUGCUCGCCGAUGGCCGAGCCACCGAUCCUACGCAGAAUGUGAUGGAGCUUCUCGCCGUGCGCAAGAUGCAAGCGCUCGUCCGUCGCCUUUCUCGUUUCUGGCCGGGAAGCGAAUGGCAUCUGGCGCUGGAAGCGUUCAUCCGUGAUAGCGAUCUGAGUGUCCUCAGACACAGCAUCGGAACAGGGACGCGGCGGCUUCGGAGCAGCUCGCGGGAUACCUCGCGCCCCCGCCGUAGUGGACGCUACCCCCAAAGCCCUCAGUUACGCAGACUGUCUGAGCUUGAUGUGCUGCGGAUGCAUGAAGAUGGUGCUGGGACGUCUGCGGCUCGUGCAGAGGCUAUGAGGAGGAAUAGGCCAAGUCGUAUUACUGGCCGGAGUGGAGGCAGACAAAUUCUUGGUCCUGUCCGGGAUUCUAGCAAUUUGAUCACGAAGGCUGUGCGAAGGGGGGGCUCGAAUCGCCGAAGCUGA